UAGGGCCGUUGAAUGCUUUCUGUUUUGGGUCACCUCUUGUAGUUGAGGGUCCGUUCUCUGUCUGGUUUCUUUUGCUUUUUGAUCGAUCUUCCUGUCUUGGCUCUUCUGUAUCACUUACUGUUGUCGAGAUUCGUCAGAGUUCUGGGCUUUUGCGCCCUGUAGACACUGAAAUCCAUGGUCAUCUGGAUCCUAUGGAUCCAUCUUCCGUUCAGUCCACUCUUUCAGUCGAAGAAGAUGAGUGGGACACUGAAGGAUUCGUGAUACCAAGCUUGGUAGGAGAGUCGAGUAAGCCUGAUGUUUCAGAAGUGAAUGACUUGAAACCUUCUCCCAAGAACGGGCAGGCCAAAAAGGAAGAGGAAAAGAUCUACUUGGGACCACACGGUGCUCCUCCUUCACAAGCAAAGCAGCAAGAGCUGAACGCAAGUAGGCGGAAGCAGCGGUUUAAGCAGAAGUUGAAGGAAGCAGACAGAAAGUACACAGGAUCAGGGCGGGAAAAUAAGGUGGAUAGCCUGCGUGAACUUGUUGGUGGUGGCAAAGUAAAUGUUAACAAGUAAAGGGUUCCAUGAGGGAAUGGGUCGACCCACAUUGCCAUGAAUCUCAAGUUUGAGGUCUUACUAGGGUCACAUCUUCAUCAAUAAGUGGAAUCUGUUAUACUAGCUUGAGAUUAAAGUCUUCAUUUUCUGCCUUUCAGUACUAUAAAUAAAGCUCUUUGUGUGUGUGUG